AUGGACGACCAGCAGCGCCAAGCUCUGAAGGACGAGCUGUCCAAAAGAGACGACCCUCAUGUAAUGAUCGUCAGAUAUGAUGACAAGCUUGAGAGAAUCGGAACCUCGGCUGAGAACGUUACCUUCCACUCGAAUCCGAUCCAAGCCGUUAAGGCACUCUACCUCCUUCUACUCACAGGACCUGCAAGACGAUCACACCACUAUACCUUCUUGAAGAAUGGUCAGUAUCUCAUCAAAUGGCUCAACGCGCACUCAAACUCUCAGGCACCUCCAACUCCAAACGACUUGGUCGAUGAGAUCAUGUCAGAUCUGACUGAGAAUCUUACGGUCUAUCACAAGAUCACGUACCUCACUAUCAUUCCCUAUCUCGAGUAUCAUACCAGAGAUCACGGCACACUUGCCUGGAGGAUUGAGGCGAUCACCGAUUUACCUCUAGAGCACGCCUACGACCUCGACAAUGAGCAAUCGUGCAUCAACACAGGUCCUGAUUCACAGCUGCUGGAGGGAGAGAUGCCCAGUACUGGCCCUCUGAUCGAUAUCGACGCCGUGGUCAUGUUUGACCAUGAUGCCCCACCUGUCUGGGUCCCACCUGAUGAGUUCUCCUUCCUCGACGACGAAGUCCAAGCUCAGCUCUUGCCAUUUGAGACUGAGCCCUACACCCCUCUCUUCUCCGAACCAACUCCAGGCCCUGUAACACUUCCACAAGCUAACAAUGCACCUCCACGUGAAGUCCGCCAUCGUGGCUUGAGUCUUGAUGCUCGUAGAGUCUUUGCUUGUACCUUCCCUGAAUGUUCUUCGCGCUUCACCAGGCCUUCUGACCUCCGUCGUCACUGGAUUAACGUGCACCGUGGUCAUACCCAACAGUAA